AUGAUCGAGAUAAAUAAGUUCUAUGCAGAACUUCAACUGCUAACAACGUCUCUACCGAAACAUUAUGACAUGAUCAUAAUCGGAGGAGACUGGAAUACUGGUGUAGGUCAUAAUGCAACUGCGGUAUCGGAAGCAACUGUCCAGUUGUCUGAAAAAGCUACCAAAGCACGAAUGAUCCUGACUGCCGGAUGCUUCGAAGAUUUGCAACGAAAGCAGCAUAAUGGGACAAAAUCACUAUUGGAGCAACGUAGCCUUGAGAGUGGAGAUGGCGACUCGAUUAGAUGA